GAAACCGCAUUCAUCCAACAUUAAAAAUUCAAAAAUGAACUUCCCAACAAUUAUAUUAUUGUGUUUUACUAUCGCGGCGUCUCAUCCAUCAGAUGUAUUAGAAAAACUUAUCGAACUACAUAAUGCCGAUACAGAUACACUACGUAAAGAUACUCAAACUUUAAUAGAAACGACAGAAACUGAAAUGACUUUGUUGAGAAAUUUGGCCGAAAGUAAUAUCCUUAAAUCAGUAGAAAAUAUCAACAAAAACGUUGAUAUCAUUUUGGCAUAUUCGGUUGCAAGAACAAACAACCUAUCUAUACAUUUAGCUGAUAAAGUAGACAAAACGUCUGCAAAAUACCCAGAACAGGCUAAAACAACUUGUUUAACUCUAAUCGAAUACCUUGUAGGACUUCCUGGAUCAUUCCAACCAAGAAUUGAGUUAUCUUUAGCUACCGCCGUUAGAAUAGGUAACAGUACGGUGCGCGAAGACAUAAAUUUGAUGGACAACAAAUUUCUUCUUUUGAACGCUCUAAGUCAAUCGCUGAUAGCCUGCGGAGACGAUUACGAUUGCGUCGUGAAGAUAUCUGAAGAGGCCGUUGAAUACAACACGGAAUUUAUAAACAGCUUCAACGAUAUCCUGGUGAAUAUUAACAAAGUACCGAAACAGAUCAUCAACCAAGCAAUCAGAGACGUCGAAAAUACCGUUUAUAUAAAUGAGGAUUACGCUUGUAAUAAUGCCGAUAUCAUGUUGACUUGUUUGACGAGUUUCGAUGACGAAACGGACGAUGAUACGUCUACUACUACCAGUACCCCAUGGUUGACUACAACCACUCGUACUACUACAACCACUAGACCCUCAUCAACUACCACCAGUGUAAAUACAGAAUUAUACGACGAUAAUCAACCGGAUCCUUAUUGUAAUCACCCACCUUUCAAUCCAAGUAUCGACGUAUAAGAAUUAAUCUUCCUAUUAAAACUUAUGAAUUAUCUAUUUUUCUAGUCUACUUCUGGCAACACCGUUUAAAAAUUUUAUUUGCUAAAAAUUAUAAUGUAAACAUAAUAAUUUUAUUUUCUAAAAAUUAUAGUGUAAACAAAAAAAAUACGAAAUAAAACUGGUAACAAAACAUUUGAAUGAUAAUCAGAAAACAGAAGAUAUUAAUAAAAUAAAUUUUUUAUAACAACUCUCUUAUCAAAAUACACGUUAACUAAUUAUUUUUUUGUUUGUUAUAUUUCUAAUAUAUAAAACUACUACAAACAUAAAAUUUCAUAGUCUACGACAUCUAUCGGUGUUUAAAGUAAUUUACGUUCUUUUAAUUUGAGCAGGUAAUAAGUUGAAGGUAACUAUUUGUAAACUAUUUACCUUGAGCUAUUGACAGCUAGAUGUCACGCAACGUCUUUAUUUCGUAAUUCUCACACAACUAAACAAUUAAACGAUAUGAAAUAAUAAGUUUAUUUAAAUUUAUGUAAUCAAACCUUGAUGUAUUUUUUUUAAAUUUCAAAAUCAAUGUUAGUAUAAAAGAUUAAAUGGAUAUUGUAUCAGUGUUAAAUAAAUUCGCUUCCAUA